CGCUGUGAAUUUAAAGUUCUGCAGGCGGUAGAGGUGUUGUGUCUGUCUGUGUGGGAGCGGAGUUCGGGUCGUUAGAUAAAUAUAAAAUAAACCUUAAGCAUGACUUUCACUCCUGACGAGGAUACGAAGCUCUACUUUUAUGAAAACAGACUUUUAACUUUCGUCGGGUGGCCUUUCGAAGAGGGCUGCGCGUGCACCCCCGAGACUAUGGCUAAAGCUGGAUUCAUCCACACACCCUCUGCUAACAGCCCUGAUGUAGCGCAGUGCUUCUUCUGUCUGAAAGAACUGGAGGGCUGGGAACCUGAAGACGACCCAGAAAAGGAGCACAAAGCGCAUUCCCCCAGCUGCACAUUCAUCACUCUGAAAAAGUCAGUGGAGAGUCUGACUGUGGAGGAGUUUCUCAGACUGGAAAAAGAAAGACAGAAGUUUGUGAUUAAAAAGAAAUGCAAUCAAACCAUUGAUAAAUUUGAAGAAGCUGCGAAGUUAAAGAGAGGCCAGAUCAUCCAGACUGCAAUGGGUGAAGAAUAAAGAUGAACUAAGUCAAGUCUACAUAUUUUCUUAUUGUUUUAUCUUGCAUGGACAAGGAAUUUAAUUAUUUGUAACUGAUGUAUGUAUGUCUGUUUGUCUGUAUUUAUGUUUGUAUGUAUGUAUAGAUUAAUGGCAAUACUGUGUAAAAUUCAAGGAAUAUCUUAGCAAAUCUAUUUGCUAUUUGCUGUUUGUCAGACUGGAACAUGUUUAUUGAAUUGGAAAAUCAAGAAUAAAAAUACAACUAUUAAAAA